AUGCGGUCUCAGCUGCUUCGCGCCGCAGGGCGCACAAGACCUUCGCUGACCUCAACCACGAGACAAGCGGCGACCAGGACCUUUGCCUCCUCGGCCAGACGAAAUGCCGAAGUCGAACUCACCAUCGAUGGCAAAAAAGUGUCGAUAGAGGCUGGCUCGGCCUUGAUCCAAGCUUGUGAAAAGGCGGGCGUGACGAUUCCGCGAUACUGUUACCAUGAAAAACUCCUCAUUGCCGGAAACUGUCGUAUGUGCCUAGUCGAAGUCGAACGAGUCCCCAAACCUGUCGCAUCCUGCGCAUGGCCCGUCCAGCCGGGCAUGGUUGUCAAGACCGAUUCACCAAUGACCCACAAAGCAAGGGAAGGAAUCAUGGAGUUCCUGCUGGCCAACCACCCUUUAGAUUGCCCCAUUUGCGACCAGGGUGGGCAAUGUGAUUUACAAGAUCAGUCGAUGAGAUACGGUGCCGACCGUGGCCGUUUCCACGAGGUUACCGGCAAGCGUGCCGUCGAGGACAAGAACAUUGGGCCUUUGAUCAAGACUUCGAUGAACAGAUGCAUUCACUGCACAAGGUGUAUUCGGUUUGCCAAUGAGAUUGCCGGUGCACCAGAGUUGGGAUCUACUGGCAGAGGCAACGGACUAGAAAUCGGCACGUAUUUGGAAAGGAACCUCGACACAGAGCUCUCGGGGAACGUGGCGGACCUGUGUCCCGUUGGUGCUCUCCUGCCCAAACCGGGAGCAUUCAGCUAUCGACCUUGGGAACUUACCAAAUUUGAGUCAAUUGACGUUCUCAAUGCUCUGGGCUCAAAUAUCCGAGUAGACGCCAGAGGUUUGGAAGUCAAGAGAAUCCUGCCCAGACUGAACGACGAUAUCAACGAAGAAUGGAUCGAUGACAAGACCCGCUUUGCCCUUGACGGGCUGAAGACUCAGAGGUUAACAACACCGUUGAUCCGAAAAGAUGAUAAAUUCCUUCCCGCCACAUGGGAACAAGCUCUAACAGAGAUCGGCAACGCAUACAUUCGGAUCAAGCCCGGUGAGAACGAAUUCAAAGCCAUUGCUGGCCAUCUGGUAGAGACAGAAUCUUUAGUCGCCAUGAAAGACCUGGCAAAUAGACUGAACUCUGAGAAUCUCGCCCUUGACCAGCCAGGAGGUGGCUCGCCAAUUGCCCACGGUGUCGAUGUCCGAGGCAACUACCUCUUCAAUUCCAGGAUCUGGGGCAUUGAAGAAGCCACCAACAUGCUCAUCAUCGGAAGCAAUCCUCGUUGGGAGGCGGCUGUGCUCAACGCCCGUAUUCGCAAACAAUGGCUGCGUUCACCACUAGAAAUCGGGUAUAUUGGUGAGCCAUUUGAGAGCACAUUCGAAUUCGAGCAUUUGGGCACCGACGCUGCAGCGGUGAAGAAAGCUCUUUCUGGUGAUUUCGGAAAGAAAUUGGCCGAAGGCAAGAGACCUAUGAUCAUAGUAGGCAGCGCAGUUGCCGAGCACCCAGAUGCAGCAGCGAUUUUCGAGGCCGUGGGUUCCUUCGUGGACAAGCACCAAGCCAGCUUUAACACCCCCGAGUGGCAAGGAUACAACGUCCUUCAGCGAGCGGCUUCCAGAGCAGGAGCUUACGAGGUCGGGUUCACCGUUCCAUCUCAGAAAAUUGCAGAGACAAAGGCCAAGAUGGUCUGGUUGUUGGGCGCCGAUGAGAUCUCCGAGGCCGACAUUCCUAAGGACGCCUUUGUGGUUUACCAGGGUCACCACGGUGAAAAGGGUGCACAACUGGCGGAUGUCAUUCUUCCUGGCUGUGCGUACACCGAGAAAUCCGGUACUUAUGUGAACACCGAGGGUCGUGUACAACUCACUCGUUCUGCUGUUGCGAUCCCUGGAGCGGCGCGGACAGACUGGAAGAUUAUUCGAGCGGCUUCGGAAUUCCUAGGUGCCCCGUUACCGUAUGACGACUUGGAGGUGUUGAGAGAUCGUCUCGAGGAGAUUUCGCCGGCGCUCAGAAGAUACGAUACCCUUGAGCCGCAAACCUUGACUGGCUUAUGUAAAGUGCAACUUGUGGAUGCGAACAAGGGCUCGAAAGCCUCGGGGCAGAAGUUGGAGCUACCCAUCAAAGACUUCUAUCAGACUGAUGUGAUUUCAAGAAGCUCACCGACAAUGGCUCGCUGCAGUGCCGCAAAGGAGACUGGCAACCCUGAGACCAACUUCAUGGCCCCAGGUGAGCCAAACGCGCAGAUUUCGUAUGGUUAA